CAUGUAGUCCCAGGACAAGAAGCGGUGUCGGCGGGGUACUCGAUCACAACCCACCAAUUUUGAGGCGGUGAGUCUGAGUCACGGCUGGCAGAAUUCCCCAACCAAGUCACAGUGCAUCUCUAGAAGAGUCAUUUCUUUUGAACUUUUCUCCACGCAAAACAAUAAUAACCUAUUCAAUUGCAACUCCAAAAUGUCUGGAAUAACUCUUCAUCUCCGCUCUGAGUGCAAGGCGCUCGAGCACCGCUCCGCCCUCACUCCCACCACCACCAAGGCCCUCCUCGAUGCCGGCUACACCGUGCGCAUUGAGCGCAGCCCAGAGCGCAUUUUCGACGAUGCCGAGUUCGAGGCCGUAGGAGCGACACUCGUGCCCGAGAACACCUGGCGCGAAGCCCCCGCCGACCACAUCAUCCUUGGCCUCAAGGAGCUCCCAGAGGAAGACUUCCCAUUGAAGCACGUUCACAUCCAAUUCGCCCACUGCUACAAGAACCAAGGCGGUUGGGAAUCCGUCCUCUCCCGCUUCCCCCGCGGCAACGGCACGCUCCUGGACCUCGAAUUCCUGGUCGAUGAGCGCGGCCGCCGCGUCGCUGCUUACGGCUUCCACGCUGGAUUCGCCGGCGCUGCUCUCGCCCUCGAGAACUGGGCUUGGCAACUCACCCACUCCGAGCCUUUCCCAGGCGUCACCGCCUACCCCAACGAGACUGCGCUGAUUGCCGAUGUCAGGAAGGCCAUCGCUGAGGGCGCCGCGAAGACGGGAAGCCAGCCACGCAUCCUGGUUAUUGGUGCGCUGGGAAGGUGUGGAUCUGGUGCCGUGGAGCUGUGCAGGCGCGCGGGCAUCCCGGAGGAUAAUAUCGUGAAGUGGGAUAUGGCUGAGACUGCUAAGGGCGGGCCAUUCAAGGAGAUCAUCGAGAGCGAUAUCUUCGUGAACUGCAUUUACCUGAACUCUAAGAUCCCCAGCUUUGUGGAUUACGAGAGCUUGGAUACGGCGGAUCGCAAGCUGUCGGUUAUCUGCGAUGUCAGCGCUGAUACUACCAACCCAAAUAACCCCGUCCCGGUUUACACUGUCGCUACGACGUUUGAUAAACCUACGGUCCCGGUUGAGGUUAAGCAGGAGCCCAAGUUGAGCGUUAUCAGCAUUGAUCACUUGCCUUCGCUGCUGCCGAGAGAGGCGAGCGAGGCGUUUGGAAAUGAUCUCCUCCCGAGCUUGUUGGAGCUGAAGGACUGGAAGAAUGUCCCGGUCUGGCAGCGCGCGGAGAAGCUGUUCCAGGAUAAGGUCGCUACGCUGCCAAAGGAGUAUCUGCAGUAGAGAGUUUUGGUGUAGAUUUAGAGGGAGUUUGUAGAGUUUAGACAAAAUGACUGAAAUGAAAUACCACACUUUACAUCCAAG